AUGGUCAAAGUAAAGGAGAUGGAAAACAUCGAUAAAGUUAUUACAUUAGAUCUAGUGGUUAAUAGAAGUGAAUUGAACAAUGGUGAGGGAUAUUACUAUGUAGACAAAGUAAUAACAAAGAAAGUUUGUGAUUUAAUUAGAAAGGAUUUUAAACUUCGUUUAAGACUUGAUAAAGAAUCACUUGAUUCUUUUAAAUCUGAUCAAGAUUAUGUUGAGAUUAAUAAGUUAAGCAAUAUAGACUUAAAGUAUUUUAAUGAUUUGGUACAUCAUUCUUUGAUAAUUAAUGUUAGAGUUAUUAAUGAUGAAACUAAAGAUUUUAAAGAAGAACUAAAAAAGGGGUUAGAAGUUGAAAUUAUUGAUGGUGGUUUAGAUGAAGUUAGUAAAGAUUUAGAAGUUAGUCAAGCUGAUGAAGAAGUUAACAAAGAAGAUGAAGUUAACAAAGAAGAUGAAGUUUAUGAAGAAAAUCAAAACAAAUUAGAAGUUGAUGAAAAAUUAGAAAAUCAACAAAAACGAGAAGUUAACGAAGAAUCUGAGAGUGAAGAUAAAAAAGAAACUAAAGAAGAAGAGGUAAUGCUUGAGGUUAUGGAUGAAGAUAAGGAAAUAGAUUUUAGUAAAAUUAGGGAAGAAGAUAAAGCAAUGGAUAAAAACAUUGAGAAGGUAAUUGUUAAAAAAGAAAUUUCUGAAAUUUUAGAUGAUUUAUCUAAAUUUGGUAACAAAGAUAAAAUCAUUGUUUUCAAUAAUGGUUUUAAGUAUGCUAUUGGAAAUGAGCUGGAAGUAUUAAAGAAUUUUGGCAAAGGACAUAUGUUUAUUACAAGCCCUAAAUUUGAUUCAAAUAACAUACUUUAUGUUUUCGUUAAUAGAUUCUUUUAUUUAAUAAAUGAAUUAGCAGGUUUUGAAGAUUCUAAAAAUAAGAUCUUUAUACGCUGUAAAAUCAAUAAUUUAGUGAUACCAUUUGAGAGUGAAAGGGUUAAUUUAAUUAAUCAUGAUGGUUUAAAAGGUUUUUAUGUUGAUGAUUUUACUUAUAAAAAUCUUACCAUUGUAUUUCUAGUUGUUAAUAACAGUGGUAAAGGUGAAGAAGAUGUUAUUGAUAAGGAAUUAUCUAAUCUUAAACAUGAACAGGAAAAGAAAAACCCUUCAUUUUCAAGUAAAAUGAACGGUAAAAAGCAAUCAUCUUGUGAAGAAGAUAACAUAAUUUGCUUUUGCUACUAA